AUGGGUGGUGUCACCGUUCGCGAUGUGGAUGCUCAGAAGUUCAUUGCAGCCUACUCUGCGUUCUUGAAGCGCCAGGGAAAGCUCCCUAUUCCAGGCUGGGUUGACACUGUCAAGACCUCCAACUCCAACGAGCUCCCUCCCCAGGACGCUGACUGGUUCUACGUUCGCGCCGCUGCUGUUGCUCGUCACAUCUACCUCCGCAAGACCGUCGGUGUCGGCCGCCUCCGCAAGGUCCACGGUUCCCCCAAGAACCGCGGUUCUCGCCCUCAGCACCACGUCGACGCCUCCGGCGCUGUCGACCGCAAGGUUGUCCAGGCCCUCGAGAAGAUUGGUGUCCUCGAGACCGAUGAGGACAAGGGUGGCCGCCGCAUCACCCAGAGCGGCCAGCGGGAUCUUGACCGUAUCGCCAAGACCACCGUGGAAGAGGAGGAAGAGGAUGAGGAGUAA